AUGGCUGCCACCAGCAACGUGACAGAAGUCAUUUUCUUGGGGUUUUCCCAGAACAAAAAUGUGCAGAAAGUCCUUUUUGCAACGUUUCUCCUCUUGUACGCGGCCAUCGUCCUGGGCAACGGCCUCAUCGUGGUGACCAUCACGGCCAGCAGAGGGCUCACCUCUCCUAUGUACUUCUUCCUCAGCUUCUUGUCGUUCGUGGAGAUCUGCUACUGUUCUGUUACAGCCCCCAAGCUCAUCGUGGAUUCUUUCAACAAGAGGAGAGUUAUCUCCCUUGAGGGCUGCAUCACGCAGAUAUUUUUCCUCCAUUUCUUCGGCGGUACCGAGAUCUUUCUUCUGACGGUGAUGGCCUAUGACCGCUAUGUGGCCAUCUGCAAACCCUUGCACUAUGUCAUCAUCAUGAACCGGCGAGUGUGUGGCCUCUUGGUGGGGGCGGCAUGGGUUGGGGGCUUGUUGCAUUCUCUUGGGCAAACUUUCCUCAUUUUCCAGCUGCCUUUCUGUGGUCCCAACCUCAUUGACCACUACUUCUGUGAUGUCCACCCGGUGCUGAAGCUGGCCUGCUCUGACACUUUCCUCCUUAGCCUGCUCAUCAUCCUGAAUGGCGGUUCCAUCUCUGUGGUCAGCUUCGUGGUGCUGCUGGCUUCUUACUCGGUGAUCCUGCGCUCGCUGCGGAACCGCAGCUCAGAUGGACGGCGCAAGGCACUCUCCACCUGCGCCUCUCACCUGGCGGUUGUGGGCCUGUUCUUCAUCCCCUGCUCCUUCGUCUACAUGAGGCCCUGUGUCAGCCUUCCUGCUGACAAGAUAGUCGCCGUGUUUUACACUGUACUCACCCCGCUCCUGAACCCUGUCAUCUACUCCUUCAGGAAUGCUGAGGUGAAAAAUGCUGUGAGGAGGCUCAUGGGAAAGAAGGUGCAUUGGCGAGAGAAAUAG